AUGGAUAAGUCAAGGCAGGAACUUCCUGAGAGGCCAACUGCCCCACCCCCACCCCCGCCUCCCGGCAUCCUUCAGGCCCCACCAGGACCCCGUCGACCUUCACCCAGAAGCCCCAAGGAGCCUGGCUUAGCCCCUGCGCAGGGAAAGCAACUCUGGCCUCUUCCCACCCGGCCCCUGGCCUCCGCCUCCCUACUCUUGUCUCUCUCUUUGUCUCCUUCUCUCACCUGCCCACCCGCAGCGCCGCCUCCGCAGGCCGCUACUCCGACACCGGCCGAAGAGAAGGAAGCCCGCCUUCCAACGUCCGCAGCAGGUGAUAGGCGCCGGCCACUGAGCAUGCGCCCCUUGGCGCGUGCUGGCUCCGCCCCCUUGCAUUCCACUCUCCGGGUUUUACCCAGGAGCGCCUCGAAGGGAGAUGUCAUUGCACCUGGGGACAAAGAUACACCCCUUAAUGCUGUCUCCGCCCAGAUGAUAAUUAUCGACCUUAAGCUCCAGGAUGGUGGGCAGCGAACCACGUGA